AAUACAUUAAUUAAUUUUUAUUGAGUGAUGGAAAAACUGAUGUCAGAGCUACAUUGGGGUUGGGCGUGCAGGAACACAAGGUGGUAGGAAAUAAUACAGCUAACAUAUGAGGGCAGGGAGAGUUUAACCAUGGGCAGUCUAAAAUAGCAAAGCUGAGCCCUAUGGAUAUUAAAAGGUAUGACUGAAUCAAAACAACAGUCUAAUAUUAAACUGGAUUUUGCUGGGGGAGGAACAAACCUGUUGGGUUAAUUUCUGUUGUUGUAUCCAAUGUCCAAGGGAUAUUUUUUUUUUUUUUUGUCUCAACACCUGGAUUUCUGACUUAGGGAGUUGUCUAUUUUUGGCUUUGCAGGAUACAAAUGACAAGGGGCAAUAUAGGUUGUGUUUCACUGUUUCUUUUUUUUGCCACAUAUCUUUAUUCAGGAGUCUGUAGAGUAUCCUUUUCUUUUUCACAGUGGUCUAUAAACUUGUCCAGCAUAACUUGUUGCCUGGCUGCUCUCACAGAUCAGAUUGCACAGAUCCACAACAGGGAGGUGGAGGGAAGUGCUUUGGAAAUGGGAGCCAAGACAGAGCACAGUUACAUAAUUGUACAAAAUAAAAGGGUUUUUUUGUUGUUUCUUUUUUCCUUCCCAUAUCCUCCUGCCUACUAAAAAAAAUGUUGGAAAGCUGGAUGGAAAAAAACUUCAGUGUCGUUCAUCCCUGUGGGGGCAUGAAAUGUAUUGAAAUGUUCCACCUGUUUUAUGGCUGGUGCUUUUCCUCUUCCAGGUUUGACAUCUACAGGAAGGUGCCAAAAGACCUUACACAGCCAACCUACACAGGGGCCAUUAUCUCUGUUUGCUGCUGUCUCUUCAUAUUGUUUCUCUUCCUGUCUGAGCUCACUGGAUUCAUAGCCACUGAAAUAGUAAAUGAGCUCUACGUGGAUGACCCAGACAAAGACAGUGGAGGGAAAAUAGAAGUGAACCUGAACAUCAGUUUGCCAAACCUGCACUGUGAAUUGGUCGGACUGGACAUCCAGGAUGAAAUGGGAAGGCACGAAGUGGGUCACAUUGACAACUCAAUGAAGAUCCCUCUCAAUAAUGGGGAUGGCUGCAGAUUUGAGGGUCAUUUCAGCAUCAACAAGGUCCCUGGUAACUUCCACGUGUCGACGCACAGCGCGACGGCACAGCCCCAGAACCCCGACAUGACUCACGUCAUCCACAAGCUCUCAUUUGGGGACAAGUUACAGGUCCAUAACGUUCACGGAGCAUUCAAUGCCUUGGAGGGAGCAGACAAGCUCAGCUCAAACCCCCUCGCCUCUCACGACUACAUCCUGAAGAUUGUGCCCACGGUGUACGAGGACAUGAGUGGCAAGCAGAGAUACUCCUACCAGUACACGGUGGCAAACAAGGAAUAUGUAGCCUACAGCCACACUGGCCGCAUCAUCCCGGCGAUCUGGUUCCGCUACGACCUGAGCCCCAUCACAGUGAAGUACACAGAGAGGAGACAGCCUUUGUACAGGUUUAUCACAUCGAUAUGUGCCAUCAUUGGAGGAACAUUUACUGUAGCUGGGAUCCUGGACUCCUGCAUUUUCACAGCAUCAGAGGCCUGGAAGAAGAUCCAGCUGGGCAAAAUGCAGUAGCAGUGAAACUACCCUUGACUCCAAGGACAGGAGCAAAGAUUGAGAAAUCUACCACUACCUGUUUUUGUCUUUAUUUUCUAUUUGAUUGAAUCAGUAUGUUUUUCUCUAAUCAGGCUGUUCAGUGAAGACAUCUUCAGCAAAUCAAAGAAAUCUCCAUGCAUUUCAGAGCUCUGAGAGGGAAAAAUCAGUAGAAUCAGGGUGUGGAUUUCGAUUCCCUCCCCCCAGAAAGAGAGGUUGAAAUGCCAUAUGAGAUCUAAGUAAGGCUGGCAGUCUGUGCUCUGGGAGGUUCCUAUGGCAGUGUACAAGCUAGGGAGUAGAUGGCAAAGAGCUGAACUGUCUUGUGGCACUUUUUGGAGUUCUGUAGGAUUUGCAUGAUCAGACAAUCGACUUUUGUAUAGGGCAAAAACUACACAUGAGGAAGAAAUUCCACCCAUGGUGCCAAAAAAGGUGAUGUAUCUGUUGGUGAGGAAUGGGAAGUGUUAGUCCCCACAGCAAACCUAAGAGACAGAGGGCAGAAAUAACAUGUCAAGAAAUGUUUUGUGCUUCUAUUGAAAGCUCAGUUGUUCAGAUACAACCUUUCUAAAGAAGUGAAAAAAGGAGAAGAGGAAGCCUUCCCCAGCUACCUUUACCUGGGUAGUCUGUGAUCCCAGCAGUGGAGGGCAUUUCUUUUACUCUGGAUGUAAAAGUGGUUUAAUUUCUUCCCACUAACUGAAUAUCCAGUCUUGUGUUUACAGGUGGCAUGAAGUAAAAACCAAACUGAGCAACACAGUUUUAUGUGGCCUUUGCUUUGAAAGGGAAUAGUUGUCUUUACAGCAUUAGCUUUUAUUUCUUCUGUUUCUAAACACAGACCACCCAAAAGUUUGAAUUCUGCACUUCUGCUUUAUUGUUGUUGUUGUUUUUUUGAAAAGAGGUUUUAUAUUCUCUGUGCUCAGAAAAACGGUGCAGCCUUUUGGGUGGAUGAGCACAGCUUCCUCUCUUGCUUUGUGUGUGUAUAUUCAAUACACCUGUCAAACACAGGAAUUCUGACUUUUCAGGAUUUAAGGUGCCUCCCUUUUCCUUCAAAACUCAGUCAAGGCAUCUUUUUUGAGCCCUGGACUGACACUGCUCUCCCACAGGUACACAGGGCAGCAUUCCCACAGGCUGACCCUUGCUGGGAGUUUUGUUUGAUCCCUUACAAUGGUACCUGAGCUUCCCUGUCCCUUCCUUCAAGCCUUGCUUUCUGGAGCCUCCAAAAAACGGAGGUGUGAGGGGAAAACUCCUGCCAGGGGUGUCUUGCAUGUCGUGGUGGGCAUGAGGUCUCAAAAAUGAGACCAAAUGCCCCCAGUGCAUUUUCCAGAGCCUCAUCAAUGUUCCUUGAGUAGCAACAGUCUCCACAUGCCUUGUGAAUGCCUGAGCUGAGGAUACACAAAUUUUAAGUCUUUCAGGAUAGAUUAAAAAAAAAAAAAAAGCAAACAUAAAAAUCUCAAAAUCAGUGCUGUAAAUUCUAAUAUGGUUGCAGGGUUUCUCUUGGAUGAUACUCAUUGCCUUUUCCUGGAGGCAAAAUAUCCAAACUUUAUGCUGUGAUGAUACGAAUUGUUGAAUAUUCAGUGUUAUUGUUAGAGUCAGAUGCAUUUCAAAAGAAUUCCUGAUUGUCUGUUGAAGUUGUCCCAUUUUUUUGGAAGCAGGGUAAGUGUAGCUAGUUUUAUCCACCCACCAAAAAGCAGCAGCCAACUGCUGUCCCCCUGCCAUGCUCUUCCCUGUAGUGACUUGGGACAGCAUUUUUACAAAAAUGAACUUGAAAAUCAGAUGCUUGUGUUCAUCUGGGGUGUGUGUCCGUGUCCUGCGAGUGGAACCCUCUGGAUGUGGGAAUUUCCAUGGCAAUUGCUUCUCCUGCUGGCUGAAGGAUUUCCUCUAAUCCACUGUGACCAGCUGAAACUCACAGCUAAAAUGUCCUAAUUUUUCCUUUUGGAUUUGGUGAGUAUUUGCUGACAGUUUGAGAACAGUGGAUUACAACCAUGAGAUUUUUUUAUAUUUUAGCAUCUUCCUUAUGCUGAGAUUUAUUUAGUGCAUCCUUCUGAGCUGAGCAAGGAGAGAUCUUUGCAGUACAGUUCAUUUUCUGGAAUGUCUCUUCUAGAACAAUGUUUUUGACACAAACAGAGGUGGUUGCAGAUUCUUGGUGUGUUAUUCCCAUCCUUCUGCCCAUUCCCUGUCUGCAUUAAACUGCCUCCUGUGCAGUCCAGACCAGUGAAAUUGGUUUGUUUGGGGUUUUUUUUGGGAGAUAUCACACUGCAGUGUGCCUGCUGUCUCUGCCAAAAUAUCCCAUGUAAUAAGGUAAUAAAUCACUGGAUUUUUCUUUUAGUUUAGUUUUGGGGGUUUUUUGUGUUUUGUUUUUUGUUUGUUUGUUUUUGGGUUUUUUUUGGUUUUUUUUUGUUUGUUUUGGUUUUUUUUUUUUUUGCUUGUUUUUGUUUUUGUUUUUUUUUUUAAGAUGUGGAAACCAAAUUGUACUCAAGUUCUGGCAGGAGGAACAAUCUGUACCUUGGUUCUCUAAACCAGGUCUAAGCCUUUGGGUGCUGCCAAGCCAAGGCCACCUUCUGUGGCUGUUGGAAGUUGUGGUGAGCUUGCCCUUUUGACCUUCAGGCAUGGCUGGCUCGGGUCACACCAUGGAAUUGCUUCGUGUGUUUGCAGAAGAAUCUGCUCUUCAUCUCCCCACAUGUGAAAGCAAGGCAGUUACUGCCUCUGCACCCAUGAGAUUUCACUUUUAAUCUUAAUUUUCUGCAGGCAAAACGAGCUAAAUUGUGCUUUUAAAUGUCCUUGCAAACAAAAGAAUUUUGAGUCAGGUCAGAAGGAAUCCCCCAGUUCUGACUUUGCCAUUUCAAGUCAGUGUUUUGAUAGAAGUAUUUGGGUUUCCAAGAAAGACAUCCCCGAGGAAAUAUCUGAAACUCCCAAUUUAAAUUAUUCCCUGUAACUCCAGACUCCACCCCUGCAUUGAGAACUUGAGGCAUAGAAUGCUUUGCAAUGGUGGAGUUCAAAACUUCUAGCUGUAGGGAAAGUUAUUAGGUGUAUUCUAGGCAGUAUCUGGACUGCUGAAGAACAUUUUUAAAAGAAAAUGAAAUGGAAAUGGGGUACAAACAUCCAGGAGAGAUGCAUCUGUGAAUAUUUGAUCUGAUCUCUCAAACACUUGCAUUUAUGUGCGCUGUAAAAAUGAGAUCUGCAAUGUAGGUGGCCCUGUCUGCCACCAGUUGCUGAAUAUUUCUCAUUUCAUGUUCUUUCUCUGUGUGACACGCGGGCUGUCGGGGCUGGGAAUGGCUGUGAUGAGUCUCUGCUUUACAAGACUUGUUUGAAUUUGCAGUUUAGGGAUGUCAGUGAGGGGUUUGUCCUCAGAACGUGGGAGAGAGGGGCAGGGAGGAGGAGCAGCCCUGCUGUGUCUGGUACAGCAAUGUUUAAAGCACAAGUCUUUUAUAUUUCUACAGUGGAGACUGUUAAGGAGUUCUGGCAUUUGUCUUUUUAAUUUGCAACUUUAUGUUAAUAAACUAUUAGCCUUUUUAGUUCCAUAAUUAAAAAUAAAACUCUUACGUGUUUCGA